UGCAGGGCUGGAUAGAUGAGGGUAUAAAGACAAGCAGGGAUCUGUGGCUGUCUUUACCUUCACUGCCUUAUAGUCACCAUGUCUUUCUCAGGGAAAUACCAGCUGGAGACACAUGAGAACUUUGAGCCUUUCAUGAAGGCUAUUGGUAAGUCUUGCUGUAGUGUUUGUACAUGUGUGAUUAGACUUGGGGAGUUAAUUUCAGAAGCUGUCCUUUUCUCAGUCUGAAUCAGUAAUACGGUUAAAGUUUGCUGAUGCAAUGGUUACUUCUGAAUAGUAAACCCGGCUAGCACAUUUUGAUGUUCUGCGACUGGAAAAUAGACUUAAGGCUGUUUUGUGAAUGUUUGUUUUAGGUUGCAGGGAGGUUCUGUUAACAUCUUAUGUUUUCCUGGGAUGUCUUUAUGUUUUGAGAAUGAGAAAUUACAGGUAAUUUGUAUGUUUUUGAUGAACUUUAACUGAAUAUUUAAUGUAGACUUUUAUUAACACUGCUAGGUUGGGUUAACUGUUUUUGAACUUCAAGCACAGAUGGGACCCAUGGAAAUUAUUUUGUUUAGGCAUUAAUUAUCCCUUUUUUUUUGUGUCAUUGAGACUCAAACCUAUACUCUUCUGUCCUUAUCCAUGGAAUUAGUCCACUGUGCCACCAGGAUGGAGUUUGCAUGCAAUGGUUUUUUUAAACUCCUAAGCGGGUCAAUUUUGUAUGUAUAUGGAACAAGCACUCAUUAAGAUCAGGUGUGGCCAAUUAGUGGGUGCAGUCAACAAACCUCAACACACCUAAUGAGAGGAUGGAGUUCUGUUAACGCUGAGAUCGGCAUUUAUGUUUUCAAUAAUGGUCUUAAUGCUGUUUUUGUGGUUUCUGUCAAGUUUAUGUUCUGAGAACAUUACUUUAAAUAGAACCUAUAGACAACAUUAUGCUGAAGUACUGAUAUUCCCACAGGAGAAUGUUUAAGGUUCGCUGAACAGUUUGAGAACAUUCCCAAUGUCAAAUUAGUUGAAUGUUCCUAGAACUUUACCUUUUUAAUUAAAUGUUUUAACUUUCAGGAAAUGUUCUGAUAAAGUAAUGGAAUGCCAAGAAAGUAACAUUAUCUUGUUAAGUUCCUUAAAUGUGCUGAGAAUGUUCCAAUGCCAAGCACCACUGCCAGAAAGUUGAGGGAAGGUUGUAUGCAAAAUGACCAUAGGACAACCAUGCUCUUAGAAACCUAUAUUUCUCACAAUGUUGUGCUAGCUGGGAAUGCGUUUUCUCAUUGUGUUGAUGUGGGAGUUUGCCAUAUUGGAUCAUUGUUUUUGCUCCACUUCUGGAGCUAUAAUUUGGAGUUCAUGUCCCACUUAAGUACAUUUGUGUAGUACUAAAGAGCACAGUUCAUGACUCUCUCUGCCUCAUUCAUGUAGGUCUCUCUGAUGAGCUUAUCCAGAAGGGCAAAGACAUCAAGAGCAUCUCUGAGAUUGAGGAGACUGGGGACCACUUCAAGGUGACUGUCACGACCGGGACAAAGGUCCUCACCAACUGCUUCACCAUUGGCCAGGAUGCGGAACUUGACACACUGACCGGGGAGAAGGUCAAGGUGGGUGGUUCAUGUCACAACCCAGCCUAGGUUUCAUACCAUGUAGUAACUGCCUAGAUUUAUCCAUCUCUCUACAUGUACAGCCAGUAUCUAACUUAACUGAGUUCAGCUGAUGUGAAAUGUUUAGUUAGUUCAGGUCCCAGUGAUGUUGGGUUAGUAGUUGCAGUAUAUCAAUAUCCAUCAGCAGUCAAGUUCCCUCCCCAGCUUGUGUGCGCUGUGGGAGGACUGACAUUCUUUGGCAGAGAAUCUGCUCUCCACAGUGACUGGGCUCACAUUUGUAACUUUAUAGCUGUUUCCAUCUCGCAACUAACACCUGCUGCAUACGAUCUGUUUUCUCCAUAUAUGGUGUAGUAUCGCGUCAAUGCUGGUAAUUAUUGCUGUCAAAGAGUCCGCUUAGGCUGUACUUUGAUUAUAAGUUUUAUUUAUAUCACAAGAUGUCAGCAUGAGUUUACAGACCCUGCCGGGCUGGAGAACAGUGUCCAAAGAUAAUCUGUCUGUUCUAACCCCUCUUUUGUCUAGCCUAUACUUAUAAGGUAUGCAAAAAUAUGGGUUGCUCCCUCUGCUAUCCAAUCACCUGUCUCCCCUGGGGCGUCACCCUAAAAACGUCUCUUUUGGAAGUAAAAUAAACAUCCCCUCAGGUUCCACUAGAAUGGUCAUAAUCUUAAUACACUACAAUGGCCAUUCAACUUUGGCCUGUUAAAUUGACGCCAGUUGCCGGUGGUUGGUGACCACUGCUUUCAGAGGUAACGUUUGACCUUUCUCUACUUUUUCCAGUCUACGGUGACGAGGGAAGGUAACAAGCUGAAGGUCUCCCUGAAGGGGAUCGAAUCUGUCACAGAACUGGCAGAUGCAAACACCAUUGUCAAUGUGAGUCUGGGGCAUAUGGAUGGGGAGAUCACUAAACACCUAUAUUAGGGUUUGUUUAUACAUUAACAAAUCAAGUUCUUUGACUGUGCCAUGAAUGCAAUUCAACCGUUGCUCCCACCUAUGUUCUAAUUCCAGCCUAAGCCUACUCUACUGGCAUGGCUUUACCGAGUGUAAUGAUUAAAUGUAUCCACUAGAUGAUUAUCAUUUCUCUUUUCAGACCAUGACUGUAGCUGGCAUCGAGUACAAGAGGAUCAGCAAACGAAUGUGAAGAUCUACUGCAUUGUUUGGCUUAAUAAAAUGUGAAAGGCAUGGAA